AGCAAAAGUUACUUAUCAAUUUAACAAUUAUCAAUGGAAAGUUGGACAGAUUUUUGCAGCAGAUCGCUAAUCAACAAAAUUGUCCAUUAUCUCACUGGCAGCGCACAUGAGAAUUUCUCAGUUAUUAAAGUAAACAGCGAAAACUUAGCAAUAAAUGGAGAACUACAUUUUAUUAAUAGCUUCAAUACGUGGAAGAGUUUUGUUGUUUGCGACAGAAAUUGUGCUACUAUUUUGCAACACUUUAUACACGCAUAUGAUUCAAAAAGAGAUCAUACAGACGCAGACGUAUCCGAGGAGGUUUUUAAACAGUUGAUAUCUAAAAGUAACGACUGGUCCGUACGGAUACAACAUUGUUCAUUGCAGAAAGAAAAGGUCUGCCUGUAUCUGAAUCGUGCAGAUGUUAUUCCAAACGUCGUUAAAAUAGCUAUUAAGUGCAAUAAAACAUUUGGAAAAGUCAUUGCAAAUAAUAAAGUAUUCGAUUUAAGAUAUCAGUCUGAUGCGCAAUCUAACCUCACUACUCAGAGGCUACUUCUAAUGAGAAAUAUCACUGCUAAAGUACUGAAUCUACAUGGAUACAGGGUAUCAAAUGAAGACUGUGUUGGUAAAUAUAUAUUUACAACAAGAUCUGAGGGAUUGAUAGAGGAAGGAUAUAAAAAAUAUGUUUGUGGUGUUGUAAAGAAUCUACAGUCAAAUACAAAGGAAAUACAUCUCACAUGGGAGCAAUGCAUAAAAGACAGAAUGGAUUAUAUAGAUAAUAAUUUUCAAAGUAUGUUUCAUAAUUUUGAAGAAAAUGAGCAUAACACAGAGAAAUAUGUCAUUCUGCACAAUAUGGCUCAUGCUAUUAUGAUCUUUGAAUUAAUGUCUGUGAAGCCUAGUCGAUCGAUUGUUAUAGAGAAUGACAAUUUUAAAUCUGACAGACACAUUACUAACACAAGAGGUGCAUUGUUCGUGUUAUACAAUACUGCCAGGAUAGCAAAGAUUAUAGCAGAAUACAAUCUGAAGGUAUCAUGUGGCGAUUUUCCUCUUUUACCAAAUAUUGACGAUGUGGAUUUUUCACAGUUGCAUCAAGAGGAGGAAUGGGAACUCGUAUAUAAUUUUAUUUUUAGAUAUCCCCAAAUGCUACAGGACUGCUUGAGAUAUGAGCCAAAUUUUCAAAUUCAUCCGCAAAUGAUCUGUUUAUUCUUGUCACAACUGUGCCAAAAAUUUAGUUCAUAUUAUCGGAAAAUAAAAAUUCUGACGAAAGGAGGUGUCCAUUUAGCCCCAAAAAUGUUUGCAAGAUUAUACAUGUUGUAUGCGCUGCAAGUUGUUCUAGAGAACGCAUUGGAUAUUUUGGACAUUAAACCAGUAUCUCAAAUGUAAA